ACUGGUGUGUCUGGUCCAGUGUCAGAUAUGUACAGAAUGUCUCAAUACACUGGACAAGUCUUGAUACUAUUAUGCCAUGCAUUGUCAAUAAGCACCCUGAUACAACGAUUGUGUAAAACCGUUUUCUCUGAUUUUCAGUGAUCCAUGCAUAUCAUCUUCACAGCCAUUUGCAAAUACUUUUGCUUUUUCUGUCGUUGUGAAAUCAAGACUUUAUCCCCUUAUAUGUCUGACAGUAUAUGUUUUAGCUUGGAGGAUACAGCCUUCCGUUUUGGGUUCUUGGUGGAUGCGUCCUAGCCUGUGGAAUUCUUUCAUUGGCUAUCGUUCCAUCCCAAACGCGUGAAGUGACAGAGGAAGACAAAGGUAAACGCCAAUCCAGCGUGACGUUACUCCGAAGUCCUCUGGUAUGGUUUGGUGCUUUUGGUAUUGAAAGUGCUCUCAUCUGUUUCACACUUUGGAACCCUGUUUUUGCUGAUUAUCUAACCCAGUUCAAUCUCAGCCAAGGUGUCAUCGCCCUAGUUUUUAUCAUAGGACCAGGAAUCUAUUCGUUCACAACGCCUUUCUGGGGAUUGCUGAUUGACAAAAAACAGGUACCUGUAACUCCUUUGAUUAUGGCGGGUCUGACAUGUAGCGGAAUUUCAUUGCUGUUCUUUGGCCCUGCACCUUUCAUUCCAGCUGUUACUCCAUCCUUCUGGCUGACCAUCACAACACAGGCUUCCCUGGCUGUCUCAUUGGGACCAGUUAUCGUUAGUUCUAUGAAGUGCAUCGUUAUUGGUACAAGGGAGCUGGGCUUUGAAGAUGACCGAAAAAGUGCCAGUCUUAUCUCGGGUAUUGUGUGUUCUGCCACCAGUUUAGGGACAUUUUGUGGUCCCGUGCUUGGUGGAGUGCUGACGGAAUAUUUUGGAUACAAAUAUGCAAUGGCACUAGGCACAAUCUGGAUCAUGGCGCCCAUGGUUUGCUUUACUCCAUAUCUAUGUCUCAGAGAAUGGCAACGCCGGUCAGAUACAAAGAACAAGCUUAAGGACAUAUGCCAACAAACAGACCAAGAGACAGAUGCCCAACCUCCCAUGGAACUGGCUACAGUACGAAACCCACUUCUAACCGUCUGGACAGAGUAGCUCAACUGUCAGUUAAAUCUUAUCUAAGUUCCUUGCCUGUGUCUUUGUGUAUGUCUAUGUGUUCUAAUGUUAUGUCAUUAAUUCGUAAUGAAACAUGGUUUAUUUAUGCGAAAAACCUAUUUUGCUCUUUUGCGGGUGUUGCACACCCUUAUGUUUAUUUAUAUGUCGAUCUUA